AAAAGAGAGAGAAAGAGACUUGAAAAGGAGCUUUGAGAUUUCAGAUCCAACAUUUCUUCUUUUUUCUUCCCAAUCUCAAGUUAUACGACCAUGGACUCUGAUGGAGUGUCAGUACCGUUGAUCCACGAGCAUCUUAUGAUGCCUUGUAAUGAUUUGAGGAGAGGUGAUUGUUGUGAGCGUUUGGAAGCUAUCAGUGAUGGCUACUAUUGCACAACCUGCGAUUUCUUCGUCCACAAGAAAUGUGGUGACGAGGCCUCUGAAUGCAUUGAAAAUCCAUUUCAUUCCAAUCACCCUCUUCGGCUUGGUUUUCUUUCUCGUCUUCAGCGCCAACAUUGGCUUAAAGUAGUUCGCAGUUGUGAUUUAUGUGGAAAGAACAUCGGGGAUCUAUUCUAUCGUUGUGAGAUCUGUGACUUCGACAUGGAUUUACACUGUGCCAAGUAUCCACCACUAGAGGUUAUUGACAUUCCCGAGAUGCAUAGCCACAAGCUCAACCUUCUCAAAGAUCGGGUCGAGUUUGAUUGUGAUGCUAAAUGUGGGAAGAUUGGUUAUGGGUUUCCUUACGAAUGUCAUGAAUGUGAUUCAAAGUUCCAUGUGGAUUGCGUAAGGUACUCCUCAUCGGAGGAAGUAAAACAUCCUUUAGAGGUAAACCACUCUUACCACUCCUUGCACCCUCUUAAGCUCCUCAUGGGUCAACCACCAGACUACUCUGAUGGAAAAUGUCGUCUUUGCGGAAGAAAGAUUGAUGAUAAAUUGUUUUAUCACUGCUCUUCUUGUAACUUUACCUUGGAUAUGCGUUGUGUUUUAAAUCCACCACCAAAAUCUGUUUUGGAUUUGAAAACUCAUGAUCAUCAACUCAAUCUUCUCCCAAGGCUCAUUUUUUUUACAUGUAAUGCUUGCGGGCUGAAUGGAGAUCGAAGCCCUUACGCAUGUUUUCAAUGUGAUUUCUUGAUCCACAAAGAUUGUUUUGGUCUUCCACGCCUCAUUAACAUCAAUCGGCAUGAUCAUCGUAUUUCUAGAACUUCUCUUAUUGGUAUUGUGAAUUCUGUAUGUGGAGUUUGUCGCCAGAAGGUGGACUGGACUUGUGGGGGUUAUUCUUGUCAACGGUGUUCGACCUAUAUCGCUCAUUCAAAAUGUGCUACUAGAGAAGAUGUGUGGAAUGGGAAGGAACUUGAAGGAGUACCUGAAGAAAUAGAAGAUAUAGAGCCAUAUGUGGUAAUAGAUGACAACACAAUACAACAUUUCAGCCACAAAGAGCAUUACAUGAGGCUCAAUGUUAAUGGCCUUAUGUGUGAGGUGAACAAGCGGUGCAAUGCAUGCAACCACCCCAUCUCUCCUCAAUCCUUCUAUGGCUGUAUGGAUUGCGAUUUCAUCCUCCACCAAAAUUGCGCUGGAUUUCCUAGAAGGAAAUGGCAUGUGCUACACAAUGAACGGCUUGCUUUAGUCACUAGCGAGGUUAAUAUUUUCGGGUGUAGUGCUUGUCACAAAAUUUUCAAUGGUUUUAGAUACGAGCAUGAGGAUACAAAAUUAGAUGUCCUUUGUGGUUCAUUUUCUGAGCCAUUUAUCCAUCCAAGUCAUCCUCAUCAUCCGUUAUAUUGCAUUUCACCUGAGGAUGAUGAAGUAUGCAGUGGCUGUAACGAGAGGAGCUAUCAUGUGCUUAGAUGCAUUGAAGACAAUUGUGGGUUUAUCUUGGAUUUUGGUUGCGCCACUUUUCCACAAGUGGUAAAGCAUAGAAUUGAAGACCAACCUCUUUCUCUAUGCUAUGGUGAAAAGGCAAGUGGAAAAUAUUGGUGUGACAUUUGUGAAAAGGAAACCAAUCCAAACACAUGGUUCUACACAUGUAAAGAUCAUCGGGCAAGUUUGCAUACAUGGUGUGUGCUUGGAGACUUUAUGGGGCUCAUACCAAAAAGCACAAUAGAGCUAUGGAACAUAUCAUAUGAAGUGGUGCUCAAUAAUAGUAUUUCUCGCCCAAUUUGCAGGCACUGUAAGUCGCAUUGCAUUCCCCCUAUUAUCUUAAAGAAGAUUGGAACCUCAGAUCCAUACUUUUGUUCUCUGGACUGCAUAGAGAGUUUCAAAAGGCUUUGGCGAGCAAAGUGAAGAUUGAUCGUUAAACCCCAUUUUGAAGCCUUACUUAUCUCUUUACAUGUACAUUUUCCUUAUGAGUUGCUUUCUU